ACUACCGCUGCCGAAUGAGCGGUGUUGCCACGUUUCUCAGCAUGGCUAAUACUAGAGUCGGCUGUGAAAACGAUCGUCGCAUAUUUGUCGUUUGAACAACAAGCAAGUGAACAUUUGCCAAGUAUCGUACCGUUAAUAUCCGGCGAAUUUCGUAACAGUCGCGUCCGGCAAAAUGUGCGAGAGGAUUAUGGCCCGCAUCGUCGUGUAAUCAUAACAUACCCCGACCGGUGUUCAAGAACCGAAAUAAUGCGAGGUGAACAAGUAUGAAAUAUUAAACAUGUCUCAUGGCUGGAGGCAGGGGCAACAACAAGCAAAGUGGAAAUUUAGACAGAAUACAUCAAUGGCUCUAUUGCCAUCAGCUUUAUGCUUCUGUCAAGCCUGAACUCCCUUCCAGUGAAACAUUUAAAAAACACCAGGAUAUAGAAAACGGUCGAAUUGUUGCAAAAAGCCUUGGCGAUCUUCAAGAUAAUAUUUCGAGCAUAUUUACGGACUCCUUGUAUUGUGAUUUUAACAUAAUACAUGGACAUAAUAUAAUAAGAACAAACCAGUGUAUCGUUAAAACAAGAGCCCCACAUUUUUACAAGGUCCUCAGGCCUUAUUUUAUACACAUUAACAGUCGCAUUGACUGUAUCAUUGAUAAACUGGAAAUUUUUCAUCAUAUAGAAGGCUUUGUGAGGCUUCUAUAUAGCAAUUCAAACGUUUCGAAAAAAGAACAGUUACUGGUGCGACGUAUUUUGAGUACUUAUACUUUGCAACUCGUGAAUCCACCCUCUGAUAACAAUAAAGCAGCAGACAUCGAUAAAAGAUAUGUGGAUUGCACAACCGGAGAUUGUCGCACGGAAGACAUUGAAAGCGUGAGAAAUGUGAGAGAAUAUGCUACCGUGGAUGUAAGUCCCACUGUGUCCGAUAUGGCUGAUUCUGGUUUGGAAACUGGUUCCGUAAGCCCGCACGAGAAUACCGCAUCGGAGAAUUCGAGUACCGAUUUCGAGGAGCUACAAGUCACGGAAUACACCUCCGGAAACGAUGAAUUAGAUAAGAUACGCGGCAGGCGUGCACGUAACAAGGAUCCGAAAGCGGUUCAAGAUAACGAAUGCUGUAAUUCGACCAACAAUUAUAACAGCGCGUGCCACGCGAAGGACCUGGGGGAUUCAGGUCUGAUGGAAUGUAGUUCGAACGAUCAUAGCACAACGAGCUGUUCCCUCGACGGGAAACGGCUCCAGCUGGAUUCCUCUAGUUCGUCGACGGGCAACCCUCAAAACGACAAGUCGCGUGCGGAUGAAAUUUUUCAAUACGAGAAUCAAGUACUUAGCGAUCCGUUUUACGAGUCGGACUGCGCCAGCGAUGAGAAUGAGUCGUUUGAAUUCAUUCACCUUGGCAACGCGUCCUCGGCGAUCAGCGACGCGGAGAAAAGUUGCGCGGCGAAGGAGUCGGCACGAAAGUCGCAGGAUGAGAAGAUGUAUCAUUCCGAUUGCUCUCAGCUUGGAAAUACGCGGACGGAGAACGCGAAUCACGAAUUACCACACGAUAUACGCAACGCGAUAAAAAGUUCCUGUAAUACAAGUAAUUAUUACUUCAUCGACGCAUCGACUCUUAACGAUGAGGUAGAGAUUCCAUCUGGAAACUUGAUUAAAAAUCAAUGUUACGACGAAAAAGUGCAACCAUAUGCUUCCUCUUCUAAAUAUAUUACAAACACGUCGAACGAACUGGCCGGCGAACAAUGUCACAAAUUCACAUCCCUUAAAGCGACUAAUCUGCAGACCGGCCACGAAAGGAUAGCAGAAUUCGAGAGAGAGCUGAAGCUUACUGAGUAUCUGGAACCGCUUGGGGAUACGCGGAAAGUGCGAAGAACUGAUUCUACUUCCGAGGACAAAAUAAAUACCGAGGUAAAGAAAGAAUGUUUAGUUGUAGAAAUUAAGGAAGCUGACAGCGGCGAAAGUGCGCAUCCUUCUCCUUGUCCUGACAAUAAUAAAAAUAUAAAUAACGAUCGACAUGUUGUAUCGCGUGUAAACAGCGGUAAUAACUCGAGCGCAGCGAUAGAUGCGAAAAAAGAAACGAACGAUACCGAGGAAACGAACGAUAAAGAUGCGAAUCUGGCGGACGAUACACGUCGACCUUCCCUUAUCAGAAGGAAUACAUUUGAGCUGGACUCGAAUGACGAGAAGCUUUCUGUAUUGAGGCAAGAAUAUGAACGACGACAAGGUAAUCUCGUGUUUCAGAAUGCAAUACCUCAAUACUCGGGACAUCGCGUCGACGGUGAUUCGUGUUUCAACCCACCCGAGGAACCAUCGAUACCGAUAAACAACGUGCUAAAUAAAUUUACAGUAGACGUUCAAAUACCGACCAGUAGCCAAUAUCACAUGUUGCCGUAUCUUUCAUUAGAUAACGGGAAAUAUGAGAUUAACCAGACACCACCGGAGAACAAUAAUUCGAGUAGCGGUAAAAACAAUCUGGUUUAUCCGGUAACGAAAAGCGCCAGCGAUGAAGUUGUUACUGAUUGUAAUGCGGAAUUGGACGAUGAGAUGACCAACGGCAGUAGCAGCUUGCCUGUGACGUUAAGUUGCAUCAUCGACAAAGACAGCAGAACAGACACGCUGAAGAAAACUAAAUGCGUUGAGACUAUGCCCAUUAUUUCCGGCGGAGUCAGCACUUCGGACUAUUCUAAGCCUACUGAUAGUCCUACUGUGCGUCGAAAAACGGAAUCAACGCCGAUAGUCUCCGGUGGUUCCGUUAUCAUGAACGAACCAGAAGUAAGAAGAGCCAGGUCUGCGAAAAUGUCUUCGUCAUUGACAGCGUGGGUGGUCGACAUGAGCGAUUGUAGUAAUAAAAAUGAGAUCAAGGUCGCGAACAGUACCGGCGCAGGAAUGUCACAAAGUUUUUCAAGUUCAGAAUGUGUAAAGAAGCCGCCGGUGAGAAAAGUGAGCAAUCACGAGAAACAUGGUAGCUUAGGAUUUUUUGUUAAUUUAAAAGAUAUGGAUAACAAACCCAUCGCGCAGCAACAGAGUCAUUCGAUAGAGAAGAAGGAGCAAAACGGAUGCAGCAAAUCGUACUGUGAAUUCUACGUCGACAUGUCUAGUAACAAUGUAUUGAAGAAUAAAAAACCGGAGCUCGAAGAGGUAAUUGCUAAACCGGAAAAACCUAUUGAAAGUAUCGAUAAGAAAAAUAUUUUCUCAAUGUUUAUUGAUCUAAGUGAUCCGCCGAAGAAUAAAGAAAGUACUGUGCAUCCUUCACACAGAAGAAGUCUUUCUACGUUCUCUGACAAACAAGUGGAGACGAAAUUGGAUGACGUUAACUCCAGCGAGAGCAGUACAGCUACAAAAGAGGAUCAAUCGUCGACCGAGCAGAAAUGUGUCAGAGAAAAAGCUAAACCGAGUGUCUUCAUGUACAUAGAGUCUGACUCGCCGGUGGUAAGGAGAAGAACUUUAUCCUCAUCCCGACCAGCAUUUAAACGACAUUCCUGGAACGUCGAUAAGACGCAGACUGUCAACAAUAAUUCUAACAAUGGUAACAACGGACACGUAGCAAAAGAGAUAAUGUUUAGAAAGGAACAUAAACGUGCGCAUAGUCUGUCCGUAGAUCGGGGAGAUUUGAAAAGAUUGCAAGCGAAGCCCAGUUGUUCCAGUCAUUCUCUGAACGACUCAAGAGUAGACGCUGUCACCCAGAAGAACUCUAAACCGUUUCAAGAAGGAAACAAUGGUCCCAGCAAUAUGGACACGUCUUCGGAAGAUGUUUUCGAGUUCGACGUGAGAGAUACACCUCCUAAUUCUCACGUUGAAGUGAUCAACGAGGAACUUCGGGUCAGUGUAAAGGAGCACGAGUACACGGAAUUGAAUACUGAAAGAACAAUUGAAAAUCUGAACGCUGCCGAUAUUAAAGUGUACGAGGACGAGUAUUCGGAGACAUCUGCGUGGGAGAAAACGUGUACUGAGAGCACCGAGGGGCAAACGCGGAAAAGUGAGACGUUCGACAUCAGUAGUGGCAGCGGUCCAUCCCCUGAUAGCGAUAAUCAUGAUUAUGAAUUAAAUGAACUGUUGAACGGAGAAGUGCCAAACAUAAAUCGACCACAAGUAGUUCCUGCUGUAGGUAGUAAAAUAUUGGAAUCCCGUAAAUCCCUGCAUGAGACUAUUAAAAAAAUAGAGAGCGAGUUUGUGAAGGAUUACGUGAAGUCGGAGACGGCUUACGAGGAUUAUAACGUAGCGUCGAAGAAAAAUGAAAGAACUACACUAAAAACAACAUCCAACUUUGUUCGAUUAUCGGAUCUAGAUAAAACACCUGUAGCGUCUCAAUCGGCGGAUAUAUUGUCUGUGAAAGAAGAGAGGAGCAGCUAUCGUAUGUGCAACAGUAUUCCGGAGACUUCCUGGAUUGAAAGUAAAUUGGUGAUGUCCAGGACUAAUGGAUCUGUUAGACCGCUACCUAGGAAGUUUAGCUCAAUCAUGAGUACCUCGCUUCCAUCUAAACAAAAGUCUCCUCUUGAAGAACUGACAGGAGAAUACGAUGGGGAGGGAAUCAUAUCGGAAUCCGAUCUAAGUAGUAUGCAGAGCAGCAUGGGUCGUUCUGGCGCUGGGAGUACAGAGGAAACCGAAACAUCCAGUUUAGCAGGAAGCAGACCGUACAAUAGAUUAGGGGAAGAUUUGCUAAGAAUGUUCUUAGAAGAAAUUAAUCCAGACGUAACGAUCGAUGUAGCUGGACGUCGCAUAAGAGCGCACAAGUGUAUAUUGAGUUCUCGUUGCCAAUACUUCGCUGCAAUACUUAGCGGCGGAUGGAUCGAAAACGCUGGGAAUGUUAUUUCUCUGCAAGGAUACUCCUACGAUGCGGUGCAUUUUGCAUUGUGUCACAUAUACAGCGGAGAAAGUAAUAUACCGGACUCCAUAAGUAUAGUGGAACUAGCUACUUUAGCUGAUAUGUUAUGCCUGGAAGGUCUCAAGGAAAUUAUCGAAUAUACGCUUAAAGUAAAAUAUUGUCACCUAUUCCACAAGCCCUGUCAAAUAUGCGCUGUUGGGGUAUUGGAGUGUAUGCCAUUAGCAGCAGCUUACGGUCUCGACGAAGUGUACAGAAAAUCACUUCGAUGGGUAACGAGACACUUCGUGCGCAUAUGGCCAUGUAAGGCAUUCGCGACGCUUCCAAAAGAACUCAUGGCAAAGUGUUAUCGUCAACAUAUUGUGCAUAUGUCUACAGAUAACGUGCUUCAAACGAUGAUGGACUGUGAUAAACUCCUGGCAACUUUGCCAAACGUUCGUUGGGCUGAACCAGUGUUCAGAAUGGUUUCGAAUCUGUUGGAGACUUCGGUGAAGUUCUUAUCUGAUAAUUUCUCGGCAGUCCUGGGAAAUGAGAACUUCCAAUCUCUAGGCCGAGAGUUAACGUGGAACAUCAGCCGACUGGAGGACAAUUUCUUAGCUGCCGCCGAACGUUUGCCCCCCGAACAAGCGUGUAAGAGUUACUCGAAAUUGCACAAAAUGUUGACCUCGGCACAGCAAGACGAAGCUCAGGAUAAGAUCAAGUGGGGACCUUUGUUCAUCGAUUUCUUGAAGAAAAUUCAAAGCCGAGUGGAGAAGUGUCUGGUCAGAGAUGCAACGCGAGCCGCGAGAACAACCACAUGGCUAAAAAUGGACUUGGAGCUUCGACGUAGAAUACAAGAAUUAGCUUGUUUAGUAAUUUUACCUCAUGAAACAACAAAACGACCAUCGAGACAUUCUAAUUUUAUAAACGAACCUAGACCAGCGUCGAGUCGUCCAAGGCUCACAAAUAGAAGCCUGGACUUGAAACGUGUGAAAAUGGUUAUAUCGGAACAUAAUCAUAGAACCUUGAAGCAAAUGACAGUGACGCAACCGCAACCGCCGCCGCAGCAACAGCAACAACAGCAGCAACAACAACCGAAGAAAGUUCUUAACAAACCGAAGAGCGAUCCAAUGGAACGUAAAAUGCAAAAUGAUAAGCAAAGCACUACGGAUACAAGCAGACCGAAAUCAUGGCCUAAUAAAUUAGAGGUAAAGUCAAGGUACUUGGAACCUAGGAACAAAUCUGUUCCAAAGGAAACCACACAGCCGGCGCAUCCAGAAAAAGUUAUGGUACAACAACGACGAAAAAUAAUGAUAUCAUCUUCAGAUUCGUCUCGUACAUCUAGUCCUGCAAUGAAACGGGCUACCGAGAAGAAGCCAUUAGCUAAAAUAAAGUUGCCCAUAAAGAAGGAUGUGAAGGCUCUUUCCUCGGAUAGUUUAACGGAAUCUAACACCAGCCGUAUAAAUACAAAGAAAGACUCGAUCAGCAAGAGUUGCGGUAUAACGCGACCCGAGUCUCCGUCUUUUAAACAAAAAAAUGCUGAAAUAGGCUUGUCUGUGGAUUCUUUAGCGGAAUCAAAGAACAAGCCUGCAGUUGUUAAGAAGCCCAAUAAGAUGGACACUUCGAUGUCGACAGACAGUCUUAUGACAGAGAUGACAACAACGCCCAAAUCGAACACGUCAAACAAGCUUUCACCAACUUUAGGAAAGACGACAAAAAAACCACAACCGCCUACUUGCGACAAAGGGGGAAAGAAGAGUUCACCACCCGUGCAACAAAGGAGUCCACUCACGGUGACAAGAAGACCACGAAGAUCGUUAGAGAGUUCUACCGCAGCUAGUAGGAGCAGAGCUGCAGCUAUUAGUGCUUAUCACUUACGGAGAAAUCUUCUAGACGCUGCAAAAACGCCGGAUGUUCCAAGUAAGUCUUUGAAUAAUGUGUCAUCUAAACCCGCGAAUACAAGGCCGGUUACGCAAUCGAUGGUUAAUCACCCAACGGUAAUGAGAGAAAGGAAAGAAGGAGCAAUGAAUCAACAGGGUUCCGAAAGCCCUAGCAAAAGAUCUUCCCCUAAAUCAUCUGGCAAUAAUAGAAUGAAUAAACCUGCGACCGCUAACAAAAGGACGACUGUCAAUAAGACUUCUUCCGAUGAAAAAGCUAAAAAUAAGUGCCAUAAUGGGGAGGUUCCGAAACAGCCUACGGUGGGUUCCAGGUCAGGAACCUUUCUAAAAGAUGAGCCCACGAUUCUUAAAAAGGCAGACGUUAAAUCAUCUCACAUUAACACUUAAAUUUACGGACUGGUCGCCACGCACGUGGCACCAUUAGCUUUACGAUUAUACAUAUGAAACUAUUGUCUUUAACUGCAAACUCGUGAUAACUCCAACCGCGGAAUCGUACUAUGUGUAAAGAUAGAGUUAUAAUAUAAUCUUAAUUUAAAGCAAGUUGCAAUUGACAUUAUACAUCAAAGGGAAUAUAUUUACAAAAAUGCAUUUAUUAGAUAUACCGAAAAGUGCUAUGAUUUUUUUGUAACGUUGAAGGGAUAACUGCAAGGUGAAAUGCGGCACAACGGGCGUGCGAGUUUAGAAUGUUUAUGUAUGUAUAUUUGUUCUUUGUUUAAUUCAAUCACCUUGAUCUCCGGUUAAGUAGAAAUACAGAAUCUUAGAGACGUCUCGAGUAAUGUUGAGUAAGCUUUAACUUCGAUUAAAAAUAUUACGCAACUAAGAUAUCGAUGAGAAAAAAA